UCUUGCGAGAUGAGACACAAGCAGGAAAAAAACGUCAACAGCCUAAUUGGAAAUCAGGUCCCAUGAUCUCAGUUCACUGCUAAAUCAGGCAUCGCUAAUGUCGAUAUUCAUUUCAGAACAAUUCAAUUACAAGAUUUGUAUUAAUUAAACUUCCCCUAGCAGAUUGGCAUGAUCUUCUCAUAGAUAAGGAUCCUGUAUAGCAGCUGGCUGGAAAACUCUUCAGUGUUGUCAGAUUACCAAGCUCAUUUAUGCACCAUUUUAAGGACUCUCGCUCACUAUCUGUGCCAGAAGACUGCUCUUUGCCUACAAUAACAUCUGUUUUCCCUGCACUUUAUUUGCUGUUCCCAAAGCUCUGACAGCCUGGGUAGCUUGAAAGGGGGCAGCACAGCAAAGCUAAUGGGAGCUCAGUGCGCAGAGCUGUGCUCAGGGUCCUGCCGGCUGCUGCUCGCAGGCAUUUCAUGCAUCGGGGGAGCUGAGCCCUCCCUGCUGCCUGUGCUCCUACAGCCCUGGCAGUGAAGCUCAUCCUCAACAGCCUCUGUCCACAGGCAACGAUUCAUAACACCAUGGAGAGCCUGAGCACUCUCCUUCUAACUGCUGCUCUUUGCUUUCUCUGUCAAGGCUGCGGCGGCUCCGAGGCCGAGCACCGGCUCUACGCGGCCCUCUUCGAGAGCUACAACCAGUUCGUACGCCCCGUCAAGAACGUCUCGGACCCCGUCAUCAUCCAGUUCGAGGUGUCCAUGUCGCAGCUGGUGAAGGUGGACGAAGUCAACCAGAUAAUGGAAACCAACUUGUGGCUGAAGCACAUCUGGAAUGAUUACAAGCUUCGGUGGAAUCCAGCAGACUACGGAGGUGCUGAAUUCAUCCGAGUUCCAUCUGGCCAGAUCUGGAAGCCAGAUAUUGUUUUAUAUAACAAUGCAGUUGGGGAUUUCCAGGUUGAUGACAAGACAAAGGCCCUUUUAAAAUACACGGGUGAUGUGACCUGGAUACCUCCAGCUAUAUUUAAAAGUUCAUGUAAAAUAGAUGUAACCUACUUCCCAUUUGAUUAUCAGAACUGCACCAUGAAGUUUGGUUCCUGGUCUUACGACAAAGCCAAAAUUGACUUAGUUCUAAUUGGCUCUACAAUGAACCUGAAAGAUUACUGGGAGAGCGGAGAAUGGGCUAUAAUUAAAGCUCCUGGGUAUAAACAUGACAUCAAAUACAACUGUUGCGAAGAGAUAUACCCAGACAUCACAUAUUCUCUUUACAUCAGGCGUUUACCUUUAUUUUACACUAUCAAUAUGAUUAUUCCCUGUCUGCUGAUUUCUUUUCUGACUGUGUUAGUUUUCUAUUUGCCCUCAGACUGUGGUGAGAAGGUGACACUCUGCAUAUCAGUGCUUCUCUCUUUAACAGUGUUCCUUCUUGUUAUCACAGAAACCAUACCUUCUACUUCCCUGGUAAUUCCCCUCAUUGGGGAAUACCUCCUUUUCACCAUGAUAUUUGUAACUCUAUCGAUUGUCAUUACAGUAUUUGUACUAAAUGUGCACUACAGAACACCCAAGACACACACAAUGCCCGUGUGGGUGAGAACCAUUUUCUUGAACUUACUUCCCCGGAUCAUGUUCAUGACAAGGCCCGCCAGUGAUGAAGAGAAUAAUCAGAAGCCAAAACCGUUAUUCACUUCUGAGUUUUCAAACUUAAAUUGCAUCAAUGGCUCUGAAACCAAAUGCUGCAAAGAUGGCUUUGCUUGUCAAGAUAUGGCAUGCAGCUGCUGUCAGUAUCAGCGCACCAAGUUCUCGGAUUUCAGUGGCAAUCUCACUAGAAGUUCAAGCUCUGAAUCUGUAGAUCCUAUGCUUUCAUUUUCAGUUCUGUCACCAGAAAUGAGAGAUGCUAUUGAAAGUGUGAAAUACAUUGCAGAAAAUAUGAAAAUGCAGAAUGAAGCAAAAGAGAUUCAGGAUGAUUGGAAAUAUGUUGCCAUGGUAAUUGAUCGUAUUUUUCUAUGGGUUUUUAUCCUGGUAUGUAUUCUAGGAACAGCAGGAUUGUUUUUACAACCUCUGAUGGCUGGAGAUGAAAUGUAAAAAGUAAAUAAAAUGUUGUGAAAUUAAAUAAAACUGCCAAUCAACUCUGCAUCCCUCUCCCAGCACCUCAGGUCUCUUCCAUGUAGUAGAACAAGGAUCUCUAUUUCAACUUCACUUGACCAAGGCAGCUUUGUUCAAAAUGCAGAAAAAGAAAUUAUUUGGAACCUUUAUGACAGCUAAUCUCAAAGUAAUACAAGCUAUGUUUUACAGCUACUUCCUGCAAUAACUGGAGGAGAUGGAGGCAGUAUGUUAAACUUUAUAGAAUGAUUUAAGAAGGGGUUAAUAAAGAAGUGGAAAAUUGCAUGGGUAUUUGGAAAGUCAUGACGAGUUGAAUGCUUUGGGCGACGAGGUUUGUUUUGUAGUCUGGUCCCAAGCUUCUUCAGAGCAUGCCAGGAUCUUCUGGAAGGAGUUCACAGUGAGUGCCAUGAACACCCUCACAAGGACAGAACGGUGGGAAGCACAAGGACCAAACGGCUGGAGCGCAGACAUUGCCACCUGCUGUACAAACUGACCCAACAGGGGCAAGAAAGGACUGAGGAGGGGUUUGGUACAAAAGGAGAACAAAUAGGUAAAUAAUAGAUGAUGGUAAUAAAGCAGCCAUAAAGUAAACUCUGUGUAUCCCCAGACUGCAAUGUAUGUGUCAGGAAAAAAACCUCCUCAAACCUAAUGAUGUUUAGAAUUGUGUACAAGUAAAACACAGAACGAGACAGUCUGCAAGUGAUGCAAAGGAUCAAAAUCCUCAGACAGGAUAGUUAGGAUACAGAGGCAUCCUGCUGUAGUGAAGUGUUUUAUGCCAAGGUAAGGCAGAUAGACAAAAAUAGUCCUGUAAAGUGUGCUAAAAUUGUUGCUUAGGCAUAUAUAUCUUCUCUCUCUCUUUUUUUUUUAAAUCAGUAACUGCAGAUUAUUUAAGAGCAUGAAUAAAGAAUGCAACAGAAC